UCUCGACUAUCGAUGGACGCGUAACGCGCGUGCUCGACUCCUGGGGAGCGGUUGAAGCGUACUUACUAGAGAGCAAGCGGCAGGAGUUGGAAACAGGCACACGUUUAGAGCGUUAUGAUUUCGGCGAUCUGUUCGGCCCAUAUCGUGCACCUGUCGGCAGCCAGUGCAUUACCAGUGAUACGCAGAGCUCGUGCCAACGGGGCCAAUCUGACUGUGGAAACGUGCCAUCACUAUCUGGCGCUGUCGGCCGAGGACGUACCCGAUUCGGGAACCGAGUACAAGUGUUGCCCGCCAAUUCGGGACAGCAGCAAUCAGCAGCGGCUGUGGCGGGCGGUUUGCGACCGCGACAUCAAUCUAAUCGUGUCAGAUCAUUCUCCCAGCCCGCCUACUCUUAAGCUGCAGCUGGCCGAGGACGACCAGCGGCGAGGCAACUUCCUGGAGGCCUGGGGUGGCAUCGCAUCGGUGCAGUUCGGUUUGCCCCUCUUCUGGACGCACUGCCACCGGUACGGGUUAGGGUUGGCCGAUAUGGUCCGACUGCUUGGCAUGGAGCCAGCUUACCUGUGCGGCAUGAGCCUGCGCAAAGGCCGCCUCGAUCCCGGCUACGACGGCGAUCUGUGCGUCUGGGACCCAGACGGUCUGUUUACUGUGACCGAGGAGUUGAUCGAGUUCCAGCACAAACGGACCACACCGUACCUCAACCGGGAGCUGCGCGGUAUCGUGCAUGCUACCUUCCUCCGCGGCACACCAGUUUAUCGGCGCGAUGCGGAUCCGGACCGACGCUUUGCCGGUCCUCCGCUGGGUAAUAUUCUGCUACGCGAUCCGGCCGAAACACAGCAGCAGCAGCAGCAGACCUGCGGCGAUCGGAUGAAUAAGGGCAGCCGUGCAGGAUUACCGCCCUCCCUGUAUCCAGGGCCUCGUGGGUGAGCAGAGAGAAGAGGGCAAAGACCUGUAGUAGGUCUAUUCGGCGAUAAAGCAGAAGCAGUAGAACAUUUAGCACAGUAUUUAAGCAAUCCCUCUAUCUCAACCAUCCGAUGUGCUGGAUGAAUGCAAUCAUGAGCGUCUCGGACCCGGUCCGAUCUCGGCUGAUGCAACAACUUUCGAACUAGAAUAAAAUCUAAGCUUUGCAAGAGCAUUCAGAAUAAGUAAUUAUAAAUAUGAAACCAAUUAAAAAAAUAAGGCAGCCAUUGGCCAUCUCGCGAUUGGCCGGUGGCCGGUGUGUGUGUAUAUAUAUACAAUAUGGCAGCGUCGGUCAUUACUCCUAAGACCACAUAAGAGGUUUGCAAGUGUGAGCCGCGCAAAGAGAACAAAGGAAUGCGAUCCAGACGGUAGCCGAGAAUAAUGAGUUCUAAGAAGAAAAACACCACCGGCGCGUGAUUCCAUAGGCGAGGCAGUUGCUUUUUCAUUCCCGUUACGUCAGCCUAAGGAAGUGCACAAACG